CCUCUCGGGUGCGCCAGAACUUCCACCCCGACUCUGAGGCUGCCAUCAACCGCCAGAUCAACCUCGAGCUCUAUGCGUCCUACGUGUACUUGUCCAUGGCCUAUUACUUCUCCCGGGAUGACGUGGCCUUGAACAACUUCGCCAGGUAUUUCCUUCACCAGUCCCGAGAGGAGACAGAGCACGCGGAGAAGCUGAUGAGGCUGCAGAACCAGCGAGGAGGCCGGAUCUGCCUGCAGGACAUCAAGAAGCCGGACCAGGACGACUGGAAAAGCGGGCUGCAUGCCAUGGAGUGUGCUCUACUCUUGGAAAAGAAUGUGAACCAGUCGUUGCUGGAAUUGCACACUCUAGCCUCUGACAAAGGUGACCCCCAUUUGUGCGACUUCCUGGAAACCUACUACCUGAAUGAGCAGGUGAAGUCUAUCAAAGAACUAGGUGACCACGUGCACAACUUAGUGAAGCUGGGGGCCCCGGAUGCUGGCCUGGCGGAGUACCUUUUUGACAUACAUUCCCUUGGAAAUGAAAACAAGCAGAACUAAGCAACGGGCUGCCUUCCUCCCACGUCAUUGGGUUCAAAGACCAGAGUCAGCUGUCUCCUGCUUUCUUGCCCUUAAAAUCACCUCCAUCUUUAUAUUUUUCUGUUAUACUAUUCUUGCAAUAAAGUGAUUUGUAGAAAAAAAAA